GGGGAAAAAAAGAAGGAAAAUUAGCCUGAAGAUUUUAAUUACAAAAUCAAUUAUCCUAAAACCUCGAACCCAACAAAUGAGCACCAUAAAAAUAAUAUGCCGGUAUUUUAACAGUGUGUUACACAACGUCACAUAGCAGGCGUAAAGGCUGCGCAGGGAUACGUUGACGGAACUGUUGCUGAACUAUACCUACUAGCCCCAGAGACUUGUUAAUCAUAUUUUUGAAAGGUCGAGUCAACGUUUUGUAAGAGGUUUCUGUUCUUCUGUUGCGUUAUCAUGGCUUCCUAGUCUUGCACUACCACAAAACAAGUGUGCAUUUGCACUUGUGCUGCACGAUUAAAACUAGCAAAGAUGACGCUCCUAUAUGACUCUGCGCCUUCCGCUGCCAGUUACAGCUGGAAUUUGGCUUUUAGGUUUUUCUCCGGUGCAAACGUAAAUAUUCCUGGUCAAAAUGUCUCUCCUGACAGCUCUAAACGUGGACCUGGAAAUGUCUAUGUUGCCAGUUAGCACUUUGCACUGGCGGGCAGAUUUUCUUAAGAUCCCUGUACAUAAGAAUCACUAUGAUCAUUUAUCAGUGCCCAUGGAAAAUAUUGUGAACACACAUGAGGAUGGACCAGAGUGCCUGGCAGGAGAUGGAUUCACAGACUGGAUGACCGAAAGGGUGGAUUUCUCAUGCUUUCUUCCAGGAUCUAUGGAUUCAUCAAUGCCAGGCCCACCAGCCCCAGAUUUGGAAAUGAUGGCCACUCUUCUAAAGAAGGAGUUAGAACAAAUGGAAGACUACUUCCUGGAGGAGACACAAUCUCCUGGGCUUCCAAUGCCCCCUGAUCAGGUGGCUCCAUGCACCCCUCCAUCUUCUGAAGGGCACUUCCUUUUCCCCACAUCUGAUCAACAGCUUGGUGCGAAGGAAGUAGAAUUCCAGGCCUACAUUUCAGAAACCCAGACAUCUCCUUCUGUUUCACUGGAAACUCUGGAUUCUGGUUGUCUUGAGCUACUAAAUCUGUACACUGAUGUAUCAAGUGAUUUCUCUAGAGAAAACCUGCAGGAUCUAAAUGCGAUAAAUUACACAUCUGACCCGCCAGAACAAUACAAACACCUGAACAGGCCUACACCAUACCCUACCACUGUGACCUCCAAUAACACUGCCUCCAUUAAUCAAAGAGGUGACCGUAAACAAAAGAAAAGAGAUCAGAAUAAGACAGCAGCUCUACGGUACCGUCAGCGAAAGCGGGCAGAGUAUGAUGCACUGGAUGAAGAGUGUCAAGGUCUAGAAAUCAGGAAUAGAGAGCUGAAAGAAAAGUCUGAUUCAAUUGAAAGAGAGAUCCAAUAUGUCAAAGACCUCCUCAUUGAGGUCUACAAGGCCAGGAGUCAAAGACUCCGUAAUAAUUAGCCUUAGGAAGUUUAUAGGAUAAGCAAUUGAUUUAGAAGUUAAUCCCGUGUUCUGUCGUUAAUUAAUGCAGAGAACACUGCCUUUUCUUGGGAAAGGGUAGAAGACUGUAAACAUUAUAGUAGACUGAAAUAUAUGCUUGUUUGAUUUUUUUGAUUGUUUUUUUUUCUUUUCUUCUUUUAUAGGCUUACCCAUAGACCUACACCUUUUUAAACAUGGCACUUGCCCAAUCCCUAGUGACUGUAUCAAUUGAAAGAUCAGUAUCUAGUUUUAGGUCACAUCCAAAUAUCAUGGCGUACUGAUAGCAUACACUGUGGUUGGGUUUGUUCCUAGAACACAAUAAUAUAAUUGUGUGCAUUGCUGCUUUAAUUAUCAAUGUAAUGCAGGAAUUAAUUAUUAACAAACCUUUAUAUACAAUUGACUUUUGAAAACAACAUUAACACCUGACAUGAAAAUACCAAAAUAUAAUCAGGGUUCAAAAUUUCCACUAGACCCUACCAGAAAGCCAAAUUUGUUAUGUAUACUGUACAUAGUGUGUUGACAUUUUAGUGGAGUUCUAUAAUAAUCAAAAGGUAUACUUAACAGCAUAGACAAUUUUGGCACAUGUUUGAGUGUUUGUUAGCUUUUGCUUUGCUCUACCCUGCCAAUGACAACUGCUUGGAAAAAGCAUCUUCUCUUUGCACCACAUGCGCCACAUGUCUAUGGCAUCUCAUUGGGCAUAAUAAUUUAGUUUCCCCAAUGUUAGUUUCCCCAAUCAAUCAGUUCACAUUUAUGAACAUUCCUCAUCUUAUUGAUUGUGUCUUGAAUUUAUAAAAAGCUCCCCUAAUGGGAAAAAAAAAUCUAAAAUAUUUGGUGCACUCUGAAGUAAAUUAUCAGAAUUAUAUGAAAAUAAAAUGCAGUUUUUGACUCGAAAAUCAUAUUAACAUACAUUCUGUUUAAAAUACACUGACCAGAAAUGUUAAAGGGAUUCUAUAGUGCCAGGAAAACAAACCCGUUUUCCUGGCACUAUAAGCUCCUGGAGUACCCCCCUUCAGCCACUUACCUGAAUCCAGUGCUGAUGUCCCUCGGUGUUGAGUCAGGGUCCGCCCAUUCUCCUACCCCACCAACUUGAGCCGGCGGGGGAGACCUAAUUUGCAUGCGCGCAUUAGACCUCCCCAUAGUGGAGCAUCAUUCAAUGCUUUCCUAUGGGGAAAAUCUGACGCUGGAGGUCCAUUAGGACGUCCAGCGUCAGAUAACGGACCAAAAGUCCGUUAUGGGUCUGGAAGCGCCCCCUGUGGCUGUCUGGCUCGCUGGAUCUGCAAUUUUCAGCAAAAGUGCAAAUGGGACACAACAUCCAGACCACCUCAAUGAGCUGAAGUGGUCUAGGUGCCUACAGUGUCCCUUUAACUCCUUAAGGACACAUAACAUGUGUGACAUGUCAUGAUUCCCUUUUAUUCCAGAAGUUUGGUCCUUAAGGGGUUAAGUCUGUGUAUGAUCUUCAUAAUCUACCAUGUUAACAAAUUAGAAAUAUAAAUGUAUAUUUAAAACCCCAAAAAGUCCAGUUUGUUUGUUUUUUUUCUUCUAAAAACCCAUACAGGGUUAUUCGGUAAAGUGGUUGUCUAACGUCAAAAUUGCUGAACUUCCAUUUUGGCUACAUUGGUCUUAAACUUUAAAUUCACUUUGGAUUUCAUACAAUUUUCACUUUAGUAAAUAACCCUGUCAAUUUCUUUGUAGUCUCUGUGAUUUAGUUUACAAAGAUGAAAAGUACACACCAAGUACCUACUACUUAAAAGUAUAUUAAAGCUUUCAGCUGCUUGUUAUGGAUGCUGUUAACUUUUUUUAUAUUUAUAAAAAAAAAUCCUGCAGGUAAAACCUGUCGAAUUUAGCUUCACUUUCAAACAGGAAUCAAUUGUUUAAAGGCAUUUCAAAAUUUCAGGCACUACCAUACAGAGUAGCAACAAGAGAGAGCACUUGCAUUGGAAUUGACCCAAGUGCUCAUGGAGUUAUUGCACAUUUUUAAAUGCUCUUCGUGGGACUAGUAACAGAAAUGUGUAUGGCAGGGCACUGAUAGGUUGAAAAUUGUUAAGCCUUUUCCUUGCCUGCUGUUAACAGUAACAUGGAGAGCCUGCAGAGUAUCAACUGUAAGCUAAUACUUGUUUAGAAAACAAAUCUUUUUGCAUAGUUUUUAAUCAUCUCCACAGUGCAUUAAAACUUGUGGAGCAGCAUGGAGUGUCCCUUAUAGUGAUUAUUACAUUUGUAUGCUUAGUUUGGCAUUUGAUAUAUAAACCAAUGCUGCUUAAUGUAUGAUCUGAACAAAAUUAAAGAAUGGUUCAUUAGUGAAUUACAAAACCUGUUUAGUUUACUUAGAAAGUUGUUCUAAACUGUUUAGUGUAUUCCAUCUAAAUUCUUUACAUGUUACUUUUUUGUGUUUUGCAAGAAUUAAUUGUGGGGGUUUUAGGAAUUUUUCAUUAUUUGCUAAAGUAUAAUGUAGCACAUUUUUUGAGGAUUUAUGAAACUUUAUCUUGGAAGGCAUUUGUGAUCCCCAGCACUACAUACUUUGAUCUAUGUGGGCUUUAUUUCCCAUGGCUAUAACAGGUAGUUUAAUAAGUGUUCUUGCAUAGCAAGACCACUUAAUGUUAUCUCACAUAUAUAUUAUUAUUAUUAUAGACAAAUUUACCACCCUAACUCCUCCCACAGGUUUUACACUACAUAAACAGUAAUAUACCGAAAUGUGCGGAUUGUUCCCGAUUGGUGUGCUAUUACUUUGUGGAGUGUUUCGCCGAAUGAUUCACGGAAUAUCGUCGUUCUUGUGGCGAAAUUGGUCCCAUAGGAAUGAAUGGCAAAAUGUUCAAAACUAGAGUGGGAGCUGACAAAAGCUGAAAAAAACAGGACAUGAUUUCUAAACUGCCACCACUCCCUCAUUUUCAAGCCCACCUACACAAAUUUUAUAUCAAAACGUUCAGCUAUCCCUGCUGCCACUAGCAAUGUCAAUGGUAGUUUUCACAAUAUGACCAUUUGUUUGCAACUCACGCCGUCCAUUGACAUUCAUUGAAACUCCACUCUAGCCAGCUAAGAUUUGAAGGGCAAUAUCUAAACUGCGACUGUGCCUUCAUUUCAAAGACAUACUAUGCAUCAAAAUGUAGGUCUGGGUCUUGAGAUUCUCACAAUAUAAAGCUCUUCGCUGUAUGAAUUAUAGUUUUUAAAAUACGACCGUUUGAAGAUGGCAACCGCCAAAAUACUCUGACCUGUGCCAGGCUGGAGCAGCAAGUGAUGUCAUAGACAGGGCCUUUUGUACACCGGCUAAUGUUUUUAUAAAUGUAUGUUUUAAUGUAACUGUGAAGCACUUUGGGCAACAGCGUUGCAAUUAAAUGUGCUAUAUAAAUAAAUAAUAACAGUUACUCCGCACACUGCAGUUUUAGACUACUGGUGGAGGCAAGAACACUUCACACAAUUUCCCCAGAAAUUGUAGCUUUUCUAGUUAACUAUAUAUAGUUACACAUUUUUAUUUUUUUCUUCUUUUGUGGAAUAGUUGGUUGAAAGGGUUUUUGCAUUGUGCUGCACUUAUACAAGCAAUUUUGUUUCUUUAAUUAUACAUUUAUAAAUAAAUCCUCCUGAAAUUGUGA